AUGAUUGCCGUGCUGAGCCAGCAGGACCAGACCUCGCGCUUCGCCUCCGACCCGCAGCGCUUGCCGACCGCGCAGCGAUACUUCCUCGACGACUUGUCCCCCAAACCUCCAAUGCCACACCAUGACUCGCCUAGGGAGUGCCCCAGCCCUGUCACAUCGACCCUCUCCUCCAUCCCGCCAUCCCCCGAUACCACUCUGAGCAGCCUCUCCCUGGAGGACGAAGAUCUGCUGCUGCCCUCCUAUGACGAAGGGCAUACCGCCAAAGAACCUGUCUCCGGCGAGCUACCGUCGACCAGUCCAGCCCCGUGGCCGGUCCAGAGCCCAGCGGCCGACGACACCUCCAUCGAGCAAGAACCACCGUCCCGGCAUGUGGAUUAUCUCUCACACGACUGGGCCGAAGAGGACAUCUGGGCCUCGUGGCGCUAUGUCACCUCCCGAAAAGACAAGUACAGCAAUGGCGUACGGCUGGAGAACGCCUCUUGGCGAACCUGGACCAAGACCAAAGACAAAAUCGGGACCAUCUCGCCCGAGACGCUGAACUGGCUCAAGGACUGCGAUGUCACCUGGCUCUACGGUCCGUUGAAGACCUCCACCAGCAGCGCGACGGUCUCGGGGCUCUCCCCACCCCCAAGUCGUCUCCACACGCCUAGGCCCAUCCUGAAGAAAAAAACCGUUUCGGAGACCAUCCUGCAACGGUCUUUGUCCCAAAAUACCCUUCUCAAACAUGCCGGCGCCAUUCUGAAGGCCCAGGAAGCUGAGCGUCGGCGCACUCGGCCGCCCUUUGGACGAUCAAACACCGAUAUUGAACAGUUCCGGACGGGCAGUUCCACGGAUUCGCAGAGCGGCACACUCACCUCGGCGACCUCCUCCGGCGUGACGUCUCCCAGCGAACGGCGCCACAUCCACUUUAAUAAUGAAGUCGUGCAGUGCAUUGCCGUGGAGGUCAAGGGAGGCGACGACGACGGAGAUGACUGGCCAGCAGUGGAUGACGAGUCGUCCUCGGACGAUGGUGUGGUCAUGAUGAGGCAAUCGGCCCCGAGCAAGGCGUCGGCCAGCAACCGGAGCACGCCGCGCAACAGUUUCAGCGGUGAAGGCAAAACCAUUGCUCUUUUGCCAUCCACGACCCUCAAGUAUCGCGAGGAUCCCCCAGAACCCCGCGAGUCAAUCCUCGACCGGUGGGCCGCCCAGCAGUCGUCGUCGCCAUCUUUAUCCCCCACGCCGUCCGUGGAGACCCUGCGGCCGUCCCGGCCAUCAGCCAAUUUCCUCUUAGAUGACGAGGAGGAUGACAGCCUGGAUUUCACGGGCCAGUACGGGUCGGCCGCCGACUACUACCGGGAUCGACCGUGGUUUGUCUCCGAGGAAGAGACCGACUUGAACCGGCCGCAGUCCUCGGGCAUGAACGAAGGGGACGGCGAGGCGACUAGCGCGAGCUUGAUGGAUCGAGUUGUUGACUCCAUAAACGGCGCGAGGGACAUCGCCUUUGUCAUCUGGAACGUGGGCUGGGCAAGAUGA